UAGAGGAGGGAAGUGCAAGAGGACCGAAUACGCAUGAGUAGGAGCACCGAGCGACUCUCUGACUGGCCGAACUGACACUGUGUGGACUGUACUGUGAAAAGCGGCAGUUAUGUACUGUGCUCAUCCCGUCUCAGGCACAGGCAGCAACUCACUGAUGUACUGCUACAACGUGAAGCCCAUUUAUGGGCAGUCUCCCGGCAAUGACGACAUCAGCCAGAACUCAUCUUUACAUCCGUCCAGCAAGGCCUCCAGCAAUGUGUUUGCCAGCACUUUUUUUGAGGGCGCAAGCAAUUUGCCCGACAUCUGGAAUGCAGUAAACGGGCUGAACCAGCACGGCUAUGAAGGCGCACUGGGAGCGACCGGCGGCCACCAAACGCAGCCGGCAAACUACAGCAGUCUUCAGCCGCACGGCCACCUGGACUAUUCUCCACAUCCGUUGAUGGCUGCAGACAUGAGCAGGGCUCUCCCUCCCAUGUCAACCUUUCACCGCAACAAUGCUGCGUCCGUAAACACGACAGACACUUCCGCGGUCUCAGGGAACCACACAAAUGUGUCUGGAGGGUCACAAACUGGCGAUACAUUAGGCAAAGCGCUGGCUUCUAUUUAUUCCCCCGAUCACACCAGCAGCAGCUUCCCUUCCAGCGCAUCCACGCCUGUGAGGUCCCCGUCCCCACUGCCAAACGCCAGCGAACCCGCAGGAACCGAAAUGUGGCCCCGCAGCUCGGUACAGACACCUGUAUCACCACAUUAUGAGUCAUCACUUAUAUCCAUGUCUCAGGUAGAAGACAGACUGGACAGAUUGGACGAUGUGAUCCACGUUUUAAGGAACCAUGCCGUCGGUCCCAUACCCGGCCUGGCCGCUGAAAUCCACGGGCUGCUGAACCAGAAUCUCCACGGCCGCCCAAACCCCGCCGGCACGCUGGCGCUCACCUGCCACAGCCCAACUAUGGUUGAGACCGUCACCAUGAAUAACAACCACUCAGCCUUCCAGGCCCGCACACAAAAUGGACAACCGUACACGGGCCGACAGGUGACCCCAGUGGAGCCAAUGAUGGGAGGAUGUAGAGGGAGUUUGGGGAUGCCAGGGAAUGCGGAGCUGAAGAUGGAAACCGGCGAAAGGGAAGACUUGAUGCACACCAGUCACAGUUCUGACAGUCAAAAGUCAGAUGAGGAGAGCGAACUCAAGACGCAUGGAGACAACAGCACGAGGGACAGUAUUCACGAGGAUGAAGAUCUGAGUCCGGAGCAGAAGGCUGAGCGCGAGCGCGAAAGGAGGAUGGCCAACAAUGCGCGGGAGCGUCUGCGUGUGCGCGACAUCAACGAGGCCUUCAAGGAGCUGGGCCACAUGUGUCAACUCCACCUGAAGAGCGAGAAGCCGCAGACCAAGUUGCUGGUGUUGCACCAGGCCGUGGCCGUCAUCCUCAGCCUGGAACAGCAAGUCCGAGAGAGGAACCUCAACCCCAAAGCCGCCUGUCUGAGGAGGAGAGAGGAAGAGAAGGUGUCGGAUCCGCAGUCCAUGCACGUCGCAUUUCAUCCAGGUCUCACUGACCCCGCAAACCCGAUGGGCCAUCUCUGAGGGUCCGAGUAGUCAAAAACUCCUGAUUAUCGAUGUGGACUUUAUGCUUCCAAAAAUGACCUUCACGAUGAUAUAUUUUUUAUUAACAUUUGGUUGUUGACACACUCUUAGAGGCGCACUAAAUAUACAGCACCCCCCUUACAAAAUAUUUAGGAUAAUUGGGCCUUUGAUAAUGAUCUACAAUGCACUAUAAAUUUUAUAAGUGAACUUCGUUUGACCUUCUCUAAACUUUCACACCCACUCCCACCAGCAUUAUGCUUAACUGUUUAACACAUCCACUUCACAGUUCUGAAGACCCGGGUUCAAAUCUAGCCUCACCGGUGUGGCUUUUCUCCCCGUACACCCAAAGACGUGCGUUGUCGUUUAAUUGAAGACUCUAAAUUGUCUGUUGGUGAGAUUGUGAAAGGUCGUUUGUCUAUGCGAUUCCCCCACCAGUUCAGGGUAUUCCUCACCUCUCGCCCAGAUUCAGCUGAGAUAGGGGCAGGCACGUGCGAGACACUCGUGAGGAUAAGCAGUUUAGAAAAUGGAUGGUCAAAUUUAUAGUGCAUUUCAGGUUCAUCUUGAAGUUUCACGUGAAAGCUAAAUAUUUCUAAAUAUCAACUUUUACUAGCUUACUUUGAUUAAACUGGUCAAUAAAUAAACAAAUGCUGGGUCUCGGUCUCUGUCAUAAUUAGAAGCAGAGACUCUGUGAAGCGUCAACACAGUCGAACAAUCAUGCCCUCGCUUCUCCAGCACACGACUUACUUUGUGCCUAAACCUCUACAGUACUUCUAACAGACAAAUGCAUUGUAACUUGCAGAUGUUUUGUACACUUCUUUUUAAAUAUUUAUUAUUGUACCCGGCCGGACGAAACUCAGCUGCGGAGUGGCCUCAUCUGCACUUGCGGCAGACGGUCGAACAACGCAUCGCUAUUUCUCGCAGUCGCAGACGGGACGUUUCCACGUGUGCUCAGGCAGCAAAUGUAGUAUUUGUUGUGUGGCAUUGUGUGUGUGUGUGUGUGUGUGUGUGUGUGUCUUUCAGGAGUUGGACCAUUCUGUGAAUGAACAGAUCUCCAAGAAUGUUCUAAUUAGCAUCUUAUCUAUUGAAGUUGUUCUUUUAUUUGUGUGUUUAGCACUGCUACAAAAACAACACUGGUGGACAAAAACAAAACACUUGUCACAAACGUUCAUGACUUUUCAAAUCUAGCCAAAUAUGUUUUUUAAAAUUUCAUUUUGCAUGUUUAGGGUGUUUCUUUUUUUUCUAAGUUAUGUAACUUAUCUUUUAUACAAAUGUAUGUAAAUGCUUUUUUUCCCGCUCUGAUUUCACAGAGGAACGAUUCCUUUGCAGUUUUAGACACAAUUCAUGUUUUGAGCAAUAUAUGAAGACAAAAUGCUGUUAAUUGCUUUUUUGAACAAAUCUCACACAAUCAAAAGUACUGCCAUCAUACAACAUGUACAGUAUGUGUACAGUUUGAAGUAGCCUAACGGCUUGUGUCUGCUUAUAGCAAUUGAUGUUUUUUCUUGUUCUUGUUCUUUUUUUUUUUUUUUUGCUAAUAUUUGAAAUUCAUGGGGUGCCACCACACACCAAACCGUAUUUGUCACUUCAUCUUUUAUUUGUGAUUCGUGAAGAUAAUUCAUCAAUUAAGAGUACCUCAACUCAGAGGACCUGUAUUACAGUAUUUAAAGCAGACCAACAACAACAACAACCCUUGGUUAACGUACACUUGACAUGUGAGAUAGUAUUGUACUGUAUGCAACUCGUCAAGUACUGUAACUUGAUAUGGAAAAUACAGGUGUCAAUGUAUGUCAAGCUGGAGUCCGGUACCCCAGGGAGGGGGGACAGCGAGCCAUAGCUUGAAGUCUGCAAAAGAAUGUACUUACAUACGGGUUCCAGCAGCCAGUAAAAAAAAAAAAAAAAAAAAACAUAAUAAUAAAUACUCCUCCCUACGUUAGCUUUGUGACAUUUAAAAGCUAAAUGUAAAUAAAAACAUGUAAAUGAAUGUAACAUAUCAAAAUAAUCCAUACAUGCAACGGUUGUUUUUGUUUUAUUCAUAAAAAAAAGCGUGUAAUAUGGCAGGACUUUUGGG